ACAGAGUUUAGUUGCACUCAAAAUGGUACUUAAAUUUGCAGCAAAUUUGAAUUUUCUGUUUACGGAAGGCGCUCCAAGUCUUGCUGAUAAAAUUAAAUUGGCACAUCGUGCAGGAUUCAAGGCGGUAGAAAUACCCUUUCCAAAUUCCGAUCUAAAUAAAGUCGUGGACAUUAAAAAUGAAACUGGAAUUGAAGUGGCACUUAUUAAUAUUGCCCUUGGGACUGGAGAAUUAAAUUUUGGGUCAGCAAGCAUUCCAGGUGCAGAAGAAACCUUCAAGAAGCAUUUAUCAGAAACUGUGGAGUUUGCGAAGGCUGUUAAUUGUAAAAAAAUUCAUAUAAUGGCUGGACUUAUGAAUAAAGCAACAAGGGAAGACCAUUUAUGCACGUAUAAAAAUAAUUUAAAAUAUGCAGCAAGUUAUCUGGAAAAACAAAAUCUUAUUGGUGUCAUUGAACCUAUAAAUAAAUAUGCCCUUCCUUCUUACUUCAUGAAUUGCUAUGAAACUGCUACAUCUGUGCUGAAUGAAAUAAACAGUAAGCAUUUGCGUUUAAUGUUGGACAUAUUCCACUUGCAACAUAUACGUGGCAAUGUGACAAAUAGCUUCAAGGAUUUCGAGGAUCUUAUAGGACAUAUACAAAUCGCACAGGUGCCAAACCGAAAUGAGCCAGAUGUUUCUGGAGAACUUGACUAUGGCUAUGUGUUUUCUUUAAUUACUGGUAUUAAUUAUGAAGGUUGGAUUGGUUGUGAGUACAAACCUGCAACCACAACCGUGGAUGGACUAAAAUGGUUGUCCAAAUAUAAUUUGAAAUUGUAAAAAAUUUUAAAUUGUAAAAAAUUUUAAAUUGUAAAAAAUUUGUUUAGUAAAUGUGAAAAAAGGCACUUACUUUAUAAUUCAUAUAUAACGUGAUAAUUUUUAAAAAAAAUAUUUAUAUGUGUAAAACACAA